GGAGGUUUGAAAUUGCAAUUUUGGAAACCCUAGGUUGGUUUCUUGGAAGUGGAAGAGAUAAGCUCGUGCUGCAAUUGCCUUCUGCACUUGUUGCACUCGGUACCUGCAAUCCAGUAUAGAACAACUCAUUUUGACAAUCAACCAAGGCUCCUAAAUAUGGCAUCAGGUCCUUCUGGCCCUCCUAUUCCACCUUCAGGAAAUUCUGAUAAGGGGAAGGGGAAGAAAUCUUAUGUAGUGAAGUUGAUGACACGUUUCAAUAAUGAAAUUGGUUCAACCAGUCAACCAACUACACCUACCUCUACCUCCAUUGGUAGAUCUGUUCCACCUCCAUUAGUUGUUCCUGCCUUCAAUCCCACUCCACAUCAAGUUCCUACAUCUACACCUACCUCUAUUGGUACAUCUCUUCCACCUCCAAUACAAGUGCCUGGCUUGACACCCACUCCAUACCAAGUGCCUCCCCAUCGAAUGGCUUCACUCUCUCCCAAUGUUGGUUCUAACCCAUCAACUCCCAAAAAUAUUGCACCAUCACCUGGUAUAGAGGAUGCAGAUCCACAUUCUAGUUCAGUCGUCAAUUACGUGGAAGAAUGUUCCAAUAGUUGUCCAAUGAUUACACCCGUUGGAGGAGGGUUUUAUCCUACAAAAACUGCAUCGAAGGCAAUCACAACCACCAUCAAGGAAUAGUUUGAUGAGCCAUGGAUAACAUGGGGCUCAAUCCCUAAGUCAACCAGAGAUGUCUUCUUCGAACGUUUUAAGAGAAGGGUUUCAUGGAAGCCUGAAGAUGACGAAAAGGUAAAAAAAAAUUAUCACACCAAGGCAUCUCAUAGACUCUCAGAGAUGUAUAAAAAAGCUAGAACUCUAGGAAAAAGACCUGAUUGGUUGGGGAACGAUACUUGGAAUGCUCUUUUGGAAAAGUGGAACAUGCCACUUUAUAGACAAAAGUGUGAAACGGCAAAGAAGAAUCGGACAUCUGAAAAGGGUGGUUGUUUGCACACUGGAGGAUCUAUAAGCGUGCAUGAGCAUGCUAUUCGUUUGUCACAAGAGCCUGGUCGGUCUGUGCAUGUUGAUGAAAUAUUUCAGCAGACACAUAUUCGUCAAUCAACAGGGGAAUUUGUGGACGAAAGGUCUAGGCGGACCCAUGAACAAUUUGUAGCAAAAUUUUCUCAAAUAAGAUCUGAGACUGCAUCUGUUGGUGUCUCAACAUCUUCUCCUCUAGAUCCUGCGGAGGAGGAAAGAUUGAGAAACCGAUGUUGGUUAGAGGCUGCUGGUGGAAAAUACAAGGGACGCGUAUACGACAUUGGAAAUGUCACUUCCCAAGAUGAUUGUGUUGAUAGUUACAUCCAACAGACACAGGCAUCUUCUACUGCUCAACCACAAAAUUCAGAAGAAAUUGUUAACCUGAAAUCGCAGUUACAACAAUAUGGUCAGCAGCUUCAAAAUUUUGAAGGCUUUAUUGGCGUCCUCCUGCCAUUCCUUCCGCCUUCAGCAGCCGCAGCUGCACAAGAAUUUUUAAACCUUCAAAAUCCUCAAGUUCAAAAUGAAGUACCCAAUAAUGUCCAACCAGAACAGCAACCUCCAGAACAGCAACCACCACACCAGCAACCACCAGAUGAACAACCACAAGAUGGAAAUGAUUACAUGCAUUAUUAGGCAUUUUAUAGAACUUAUUUCCAUUACUGUUGAACUUAUUUAGAAGAGAUAAGAGUUAGUUAAGUUUCCUUGGAGCUUUAGAUCAUUUAACUGAACUAGAGGCAAUGGUUUAUCGAUGUUGGUGGGCCUUACGGGAAGUUAUUUAUCCUUAAGAGAACUCCCUAGGUAAUAGAGAGUCUGGUACAGAAUCUAACUAAGACUUAAUAAUUAACUUGACUAGUCCAAAGUACUUGGAAUUAGUAAAUUUAUCUACGAGAUUAAUGUGGUUGAAUUAUAUGGCAAGUGUUACAUCUGUUUAUGGUCUAUUGAUAUGUUUGGCAGCAGUAUAACCCUGAUAAGCAAGUGUUCUACCUUUUAGCCAAGGAACUGAAGGUUUGUUCCGUGAAAGGGUGUGAGAGUGAUAUUUGUGAUGGUUAAUAGGUGCUGUGAUCAUGUCUUGAGUGUGACUCAGAAAGAGAAUUGUUUAAUAGAGGGCAUUAGGCAGGGCUGAUAAUGAACCAGACUCAUGGUUGAUGGAUAAUUGUAAUAAUGAAUGCAAGCCCAUGAUUUGAUUCAAAGGAAACACAUACCAGAUUAUGUUAACCUGUUGAUGAAUGGUUUCAGUAUGGUUUAGUUUUUCUCUGGAAUCUAUAACCUGAUGUAGACUUGUAAGCUUAGUGGUGACACUGAAUUAAUAGAUAGAAUGAAAUUUUAAGAAGUAAGAAUUUAUCUUAAAAUGAUGAAAGCGACAUUCUAUAAUAUUGUGUUGUUUCGGGUUGACAAAAAUAAAUUACAAAACGAUUGAAUGUACCUUGGUGGAAUAGUCUGGGAUGGGGAUAGCAGUUAAGUUACUCGGAGACCAAAACGUCUAGGUAUAUGACAAUAGCCAAGAAGCAAAGUUAGGCAAGGUAUUAAUUAUGAAACUGGUUUAGGAAGGGAGAUCUUUUGUGCGGAUACCAAGUACACUAGGGCGAUAAUCAAAGAGUUUAAAUGAUUGAUUUGUUCCAGAUAGUAACUUUAGGCCAACAAAUCCUUCACAAGGUUUUUCCUUGCGUUGACUUAGGGUAGUAAAGGGACAUCGAAGAAAGUGUUAUUGCAGCAGAUAUUGUCAGUGAUUAUAUUGAGGAGGAUAUUUCCGAGGAGCAUUAUGAAGUACAUAAAGAACAAGUUCGGCGAGAUAUUGCAACAGUUACUGAAGUUGAAAAUGUUUUGCAUGCUCCAGAAUCAGAGCAGCUGGUUGAAGCAAGAAGCUUAGAUAUUGCUACAAUUACUGGAUUUGAAAAUGUUUUGGAUGCUCCAGAGGAAGUACUCAAUAUGGUAGAAUCAGAGCAGCUGGCUGAAGAUGGAAACUUGGAAGAAAACCUGGCACAAGAAGUUGAGACUAAAUUAAAUGUUGAAAAUCAACAAAGUUUGAAUUCGGAGGUUGCUGAAAUUAGUAAUGAAGCUUAUGACUCAGUUACAAGGUCAGGCAUAAGAAUACGAGGUCAGCAAGCAAAGUUUGGAUUCUGUAGGGUAAAAGCAAAAUCAAAAGCUCCAUGAAGCAACCUCUAGAGUUGCAUAAGGUCUCCUUUCCAUCUAAUAACCAACAGAUUUCGCCAGAGAAGUCACGUGGGCCCAUAGAAAUGGACGUGAUUGAAGAUUCUUCAGAAACGAGCAGCUUUCAGCAAAGCUCGUUCUACAGUGAAAAUGUAGCAAACAUGUAUGACCAGAGUAAUAUAGGUUGAAUCAUUUAUCACCUCUACAGAGCUAAUAAUUA